UUGAGCCGCCGCCGCCGCCAUUGGAGGGGGGGGGCCCUUUCCCCCUUCGCCUCUUGACAGGAAAGGUUUAAGGGGGACAGAGCCCUGGGAGGCCGGGCCGGGCUCGGGGGCCACCCCGGGGGCCCGGGCCAUGGAUGUGCGCCGUCUGAAGGUGAACGAACUUCGCGAAGAGCUGCAGCGCCGCGGCCUGGACAUUCGCGGCCUCAAGGCCGAGCUUGCUGAGCGGCUGCAGGCGGCGCUGGAGGCCGAGGAGCCUGACGACGAGCGGGAGCUCGAGGCCGACGACGAACCGGGGCGACCCGGGCACAACAACGAGGAGGUCGAGACCGAGGGGGGCUCCAAGCUGGAGGGGACCGCGCAGCCACCGCCGCCCGGCCUGCAGCCGCACGCGGAGCCCGGCGGCUACUCGGGGCCGGACGGACAUUCCACUGCAGGAUGGAAGAGAUUCUUAAAGAGGGUUGGCUGUGCAGAUGCCAUGGAUAAUAUUACCAGGCAGAACCAAUUCUAUGAGGCCCAGAUCAUCAAGCAAGAAAAUGAGUCAGGCUACGAGAGGAGACCACUGGAAAUGGAACAGCAGCAGCAGGCCUAUCGCCCAGUAGAAAUGAAGACAGAAAUGAAGCAAGAAGCACCCACCAGCUUCCUCUCGCCUGAAGCUUCUCAACUCAAGCCAGACAGACAGCAGUUUCAGAGUCGCAAGAGGCCUUAUGAAGAAAACCGGGGGCGGGGGUACUUUGAGCACCGAGAGGAUAGGAGGGGCCGCUCACCCCAGCCUCCUGCUGAAGAGGAUGAAGAUGACUUUGACGACACCCUUGUAGCCAUCGACACAUAUAACUGCGAUCUCCACUUCAAGGUGGCCAGAGACCGGAGUAGUGGCUAUCCACUCACAAUUGAGGGCUUUGCUUACCUGUGGUCAGGAGCCCGUGCUAGCUAUGGGGUCAGAAGGGGCCGUGUGUGCUUCGAGAUGAAGAUCAACGAAGAAAUCUCUGUGAAGCACCUUCCAUCUACAGAGCCCGACCCCCACGUCGUCCGUAUUGGCUGGUCCCUGGAUUCUUGCAGCACACAGCUAGGUGAAGAGCCUUUUUCCUAUGGCUAUGGAGGCACUGGGAAGAAGUCUACCAAUAGCCGGUUUGAAAACUAUGGAGACAAGUUUGCAGAGAACGACGUGAUUGGCUGCUUUGCGGACUUUGAAUGUGGAAAUGAUGUGGAACUCUCCUUUACCAAGAAUGGGAAGUGGAUGGGCAUUGCCUUUCGAAUCCAGAAGGAAGCCUUGGGGGGCCAGGCCCUCUACCCUCAUGUCCUGGUGAAGAAUUGUGCAGUGGAGUUCAACUUUGGGCAGAGGGCAGAGCCCUACUGUUCUGUUCUCCCAGGGUUUACCUUUAUCCAGCACCUUCCCCUUAGUGAACGGAUCCGGGGCACUGUUGGACCAAAGAGCAAGGCAGAGUGUGAGAUUCUGAUGAUGGUGGGCCUGCCUGCUGCUGGCAAGACCACUUGGGCCAUCAAACAUGCAGCCUCCAACCCUUCUAAGAAGUACAACAUCCUGGGUACCAAUGCCAUCAUGGAUAAAAUGCGGGUGAUGGGCCUACGCCGGCAGCGGAACUAUGCUGGUCGCUGGGACGUCCUGAUCCAGCAGGCCACCCAGUGCCUCAACCGCCUCAUCCAGAUUGCUGCCCGCAAGAAACGCAACUAUAUCCUAGAUCAGACAAAUGUUUAUGGGUCAGCCCAGAGACGAAAAAUGAGACCAUUUGAAGGCUUCCAGCGCAAAGCGAUCGUAAUUUGUCCCACCGAUGAGGACCUAAAAGACCGAACAAUAAAGCGAACCGACGAGGAGGGGAAGGAUGUCCCAGAUCAUGCGGUCUUAGAAAUGAAAGCCAACUUCACAUUGCCAGACGUUGGGGACUUCUUGGAUGAGGUUCUGUUCAUUGAACUACAGCGGGAGGAAGCAGACAAACUGGUGAGGCAAUACAACGAGGAAGGUCGCAAGGCUGGGCCACCCCCUGAAAAGCGCUUUGACAACCGAGGUGGUGGUGGCUUCCGAGGCCGCGGGGGUGGCGGCAGUUUCCAGCGCUAUGACAACCGAGGUCCCCCCGGAGGCAACCGAGGAGGCUUUCAGAACCGAGGGGGAGGCAGCGGAGGAGGAGGCAACUACCGAGGAGGUUUCAACCGCAGUGGAGGUGGUGGCUACAACCAGAACCGCUGGGGUAACAACAGCCGGGAUAACAACAACUCCAACAAUCGAGGCAGCUAUAAUCGGGCUCCCCAGCAACAGCCACCGCCUCAGCAGCCGCCACCACCACAGCCACCACCACAGCAGCCACCACCACCGCCCAGCUACAGCCCUGCUCGGAACCCCCCAGGGCCCAGUAGCUACAACAAGAACAGCAGUAUGCCUGGCUCAAGCGCCAAUACCAGCACCCCCCCAGUCAGCAGCUAUAGCCCUCCACAGCCAAGUUACAGCCAGCCACCCUACAACCAGGGAGGUUAUACCCAGGGCUACACAGCCCCACCACCUCCACCUCCACCGCCACCUGCCUACAACUAUGGGAGCUACGGCGGCUACAACCCAGCCCCCUAUACCCCACCGCCGCCCCCCACCGCACAGACCUACCCUCAGCCCAGCUAUAACCAGUAUCAGCAGUAUGCCCAGCAGUGGAACCAGUACUAUCAGAACCAGGGCCAGUGGCCACCAUACUACGGGAACUACGACUACGGGAGCUACUCCGGGAACACACAGGGUGGCACAAGCACACAGUAGCCAGUGUGUCCCAGAGGCUCUCAGAGGCCCCUGCCGGCUUCCUCCACCAGCGCCUGCCUCGGCCUCCUCCUCUACCCCCACCAGGUCCCAUGGUGCUGGAGGACGAGGUCAUCCCAGGGCUGCCUCCCUCCAGCUCACUGCCUCCCCUUUGAGGGGCUACUGCCCCCCACACAGGGCCAGGCAUUUUUCUCUGGAUUCAAACAGGCAACAAUGACCUUUUAUUUUCUGUUAUCCUCCCCCCUCCUCCUUUCUCCCUUCUUCCUUUUUGACUAAAGAAUCCCCUCAUCUUUCUUGGUCAUACAGUGACUGAGGGGAGGACCCCUUCCCAUCUAUUCUUCCCAUCCCUGCUCCAUCCCCUCAGCUUCCCAGACCCUCAUGCAGUUGGUUGUAAAUUCUCCCAGGAGCUGUUUUACUGUCUACUUUUCAGGAUUAAAAAAAAAAAAAACUUAAAAAAAAAGUUUAAAAAGCAAAAUGGGAGGGAGGAAGCAGUGACAUAUUUUUUGGUAAUUAUGCUUUUUUUUUUUUUUUUUUUAAUUUUUAGACUUUGUUUUUACUGUGGGUCAGCUGUUGAUAGUUCAUCAAGAUAACCAUUUCUUUGCUGAGUUCAGGUGACCGAGGAAGAGCCACACCCUCGAAACAAAACAAAACACAACACAAAACCACAGAAUCAUCUUUAACCUAACUUUUUAUACGAUGUCUCAGUUCCCCGUAACUUUGCACAUAAGCUUCUGUGUUCAGUUGAAUUGUAACUGCUUUUGUAUUUGGAGAGAGUGUGACUAUUGAACUUGAAACCUUUUA